AUGCCCAUUCCUACUAGAGAUGAUUUUUUGAGAAUGGCAGCAAAUGCCAAGGAAAGAUGGAGUUUUCCAAACGCGAUAGUCGCAAUAGAUGGGAAACAUAUCCAAAUAAAGGCGCCUUCAAACAGCGGUACGAUGUACUACAACUAUUUAAAUUAUUUUUCGGUUGUUUUGCAAGGAAUAGCAGAUGCUGAUUGCAAGUUCAUUUUUAUUGACGUUGGUGGAUAUGGGAAACAAAGUGACGCAGGCACUUUUGCCGAGUCACAAACUUUUCAGUUUUUGGAGGACUUUGAGAAGAACCUACCAAAACCAUGUCCAUUUGAGGGAAGUGAAGGCCCAAUGCCAUUUGUUUUUGUAGGAGACGACGCAUACCCUCUGAAAGUGUAUCUGAUGAAACCAUACCCCGGAAAUAAUCUAAUAGCGUUUUCGAUUUGA